AUGGAGAAGGUGAUUUACGGGUUUCCAGUCAAUUUUCCCGCCACUUCUACCUCUGCUGCUCCACCUCGGCCUCCACCACCGAGCACCUUCACAUCAAAUAAGAGAAAGCGUGAAGACGGGCAUGAUGGUCGGUCAUACGUGAAAAAGCCGCCAAAUGCCUUCAUGCUUUACAUGAAGGAGCAGAGGCCAAUUUAUGCGGCCGUAAUGAAACUCACUGGGACUGCAGGGGUUAACAAGAUCCUUGGAGAUAAAUGGAAGUCGCUGUCCAAUGAGGAGCAGGCGAAAUACUUCCAAGUGGCAGACCGAGAAAGACGGCUCCACGCCCUGCAGCACCCGGACUGGUCAUCCAGUAACAAUUACGGCCAAAAGAGGAAGAGGGAAAGGAGCAAGGCCUCCAAAAUGACUGAAGCAUCUGCAUCAACAUCUGGAGAGGUCACACAGGAAGUGAAGAGGAUGUGUGUGACCCCAGGAUACACAGGUGUGAGAGAGACUCAUCACGCACAGUCAAACGUGAUGCAGCCCUCCACCUCGAUGACAGACGUGACAGUGUCUCAUCACGCACGGUCUAAAAUGAUGCAGCCCUCUACCUCAACGACAGGUGUGAGCGUGACUCAUCACGCACAGUCAAACGUGAUGCAGCCCUCCACCUCGAUGAAAGACGUGACAGUGACUCAUGACGCACAGUCAAACAUGAUAAAGCCCUCUACCUUAACGACAGGUGUGAGAGAGACUCAUCACGCACAGUCAAACGUGAUGCAGCCCUCCACC